AUGGUGAUAUGUGGCUUAUUAGCACUUGUAAUAUCAUCGUGCAUUUAUAAUGCGACGCAUAUAGCGAAUCCGCAGGAGGCUUUUAUGGACAGAUUUGACAUAGCUAAGAACCAUUUAAAUAUAAGGUGGUCUAGCAAUGGUUCUCUAGGAGAGGGGAGCUAUAAAUUUGUUGUGGGUGAUGAAAAGAGUGAGUCCUCUGAGCUUAAUACAUCUGACACCAUGGAAACCUGUCCAAAUCAUGAAUCCCCAGGAAUAUAUAAGGGAAGAUGUCCGGAUUAUGGAAGAACAUUUGUAAUGGAUGUACAGGGGGAUAGAUAUAAUGAAGAAUUUUUAAACGAAAUUAGUUUUGGUUUGUUGAAUAAGAAACUGGAUCUUUCAAUAGAAAUUCCAGUCGAAAAAAGUGGAUUAGCAAUGUAUCAAGGUCUUUUUAAUAGUUGUCCUUUAGACGAAAAUCAUAAUUUAUUAAUCAAAAUGGAAAAUGAAUAUAACAUGUGUUUUACAAAAUUUUAUGAUAAUAUGAGUUCAGCUAGAAGAUAUACAAAAGGUGCGUUAAGGAAUAAAGACUUACACUUUAGUUCUCAUGGAUUUGGGGGACGAUUCGGCUCUAACAUGAGUCUUCCUUUACAUGAUUAUGAUCCAUUGGAUAGCCAUGAAACUAAAAAAAUGAGAUAUGCCAAUUUAAUAAAUAAUUUGUCCGAUUGUUCUAGUUAUUCGCAUUGUAUUGGUCCAUGCUUUGACAAAGAUUUUGAUAAUAAAUGUUUUCGUAAUUUACCUGUUGUUUUCAAUCAUAAAACGAAAGAAUGUGUUAUAUUAGGUACACAUGAAGAAAGCAGAAAAAGAAAUUGCCUCUCUGAUUUUUCAGAUGGUUAUGAUAAAUGUUUUAUACCAGUAAAAAAGGAAUCAGGAAAGGAAUGGACCUAUGUGUCCUCAUUUUUACGUUCGGAUUACGAGACAAAAUGUCCCCCAAGAUAUCCUUUGAAUGAUACAGAAUUUGGAUAUUACAAUUAUAGUACUGGUGAAUGCAAAUCUUCUAUAAAACAUUAUGACAAUAGUUUUAGAACUACGUUCAAAAGCUGUAUUGAAGGACUAUUCAAUUAUCAUGAGGGUGAUAAUGAAACUGGCAAAACUAAUUUUUUCUGGGGUGUGUGGGCUUUGGAAGAUGGUUCGAAAAAAUUAAAUUCAAUGGAUGAUAUUGGGAGAUGUACCAUUCUUAAGAAAAAACCAACUUGCGUAUUGCGUAAGGAAAAUAACUACUCCUUUACGAACCUAUCGGUUAAUUAUUUUGAUCUUCAACAGAAUACAACAUACCCACAUAUUGAUGAAAUGAUGGGGCAUUACGAUGAAACAAGUGAAUUCUUAGAUAUGACAUCAAGUAGUAACGAUAAAGGAGCAUAUUUAAGCGAAAAUGGUAAAAGAAUGAGGACGAAUAAUGUGAGAAACGAGAAUAAAGAAAUAAAAGAGGUUACAACACGUCCAAGUUUGGAAUAUAAGAGGGGGGGAAAAGGAAAUGGAGUUUCUGGAAUAUAUAUUAACACUUCUAAGCAUAUGUCUUUUGUACAACAGAGUUACAGAUCAUCAUUUCAAAAUAAGCAGGAUAUCGUGUUUGAUAGGAAGGAUGGACAAGCAAACAAAAUGAUUGAACUAAAUGAAACUUCAAAGAAGCUUUCACACAACUCAGAUUUUCGUAAUACAAGGAGAUAUCGUCCAUCGUCUCAUUUGUAUCCUACACGAAAUGAAAGGGAAGGUAAUUACAAAAUAUCAGAUGAUAAUUCCGAAUUUGUGAUAAAUCCUCAAGGUACAUUUAUGGAAAGAUUUGAUAUUGAAAAAAACCAUAUUUUUAUUAACUGGAAAAAGGAUGGAAAAUUAGGAAGGGAUCAUUUAAAAUAUGAUGUCUUGAAGAAUAAAACUGCUGGUACUUGUCAAUCAUUAUUAAUUGAAGAUUUUGAAGAUAUUUGUCCAAAUCAUGCUAUUCCAGGAAGAGCACAAGGAAGUUGUCCUAACUAUGGUAAAACAAUUAUUGUUCAAACACUUUUAGACAAAGUUAGUGAUGUUCACUUUAAUUAUAAUUUUUUAAAUGAAAUACAUACUGGAUAUUUAGACUCAAAAUCCAGAGUUCCUGUUGAACUUCCUUACGACAAAAGUGGAAUAGCUAUGCAUCAUGGUUUUUCUAGUAUGUGUCCAAUAGAUGCCAAAGAAGAAAUGCUCUUCAAAAAAAUGAAUGAUUACAAUUAUGAUAUGUGUAAAUCUAAAAUAUUUUCGUCUAAAAUCUCUAUGAAAGAAUGGGAUUAUAGUAAUCAAUCGUUUAAAUAUUAUGGUCUUUAUGGUUUUGGUGGUCGAUUAGGUUCGAAUAUGCCAUAUAGAGUAAAAAAAGGGGGAAGAAACACAACUAACAUAACUUUACCAAUGAAAAAUCCAGGUUUGAUAAAAAAUUUGUUAGAUUGCUCUCUAUACUCCUACUGUUUAGGACCUUGUAUUGAAAAAACAUACAAAAAUAAAUGUUUUCGUAACUUACCAGCUUAUUAUAAUCAUUUGACAAAUGAAUGUGUAAUACUUGGAACACAUGAACAAGAAAGAUCUGAAAAAUGUAGAAAAGAAAAAAAUGAUUUAAGUCAACCUAAUUGCCAGAUUCUUAGAAAAACAGAAAAUUCUAAAGAAUGGACAUAUGUCACAUCAUUUAUUAGGCCUGAUUAUGAAGAAAAAUGUCCACCUCGAUUCCCUCUUAAAUCUAAAAUUUUUGGAACCUAUGAUAAAAAGACAGGAAAGUGCAAAAGCCUUAUUAAAGAAAAAGAUCUAAUUGGCAUUAUAAGUUUCGAAUCCUGUUUAGAAUAUUUGUUCUUAAACUCUCCAAAUGACUUUUAUAGUAGUGAAAAGGGAAAAUAUUGGGGUGUAUGGGCUUCCGAUAAUCCGGUUAAUAAAGAUAAUAUUCAUAUGACUAAAGGAAAAUGUUAUUAUAUCCUUCGAAAACCAACUUGCGUUAUCCACAAAGAGAAUUAUUUUUCAUUUACGUCUCUCACAGCCAAUAGUAUUGAUUUUGAUCAAAAUUUUAACAUAGAAUUCGUUGAAGAAUUAAUUACGAGAACAUACAUAAAUGGUUCAGUUAAAAUAGAAAAUUCUAAUAUAAAUACCAGUAUAGACUCGUUAGGAAAGGACAAAGCGUCAAACACUUUAUAUUAUAAUUCUAAUUCGAUGCAUAAAAGCGAUCUAGUAGAUGCGAAGGAAAUUGAAGGCGCAAGAAAAGCAGAUAUAGCCAGGAUGUCAGAAGAAUCACGAAGAAUUGAAAACAGCAGAAGGGAAGAGGAUGAAAGGAAAAUACUGGAAGCUUUAAGGGCCAAAGAGGAGAGAAAAGCAGCGGUGGCGAAAAGGGUCGAAGAAGUGAGAAAAGAAGAUAUAGCAAGAUUAAUAGAAGCCUCGAAACGGGACGAAGAUGCGAGAAAGGCAGAAGAAGUCAGGAGAGUGGAAGCAGCUAGACAGGCAGAGGAAGCAAGAAAAGCUGAAGCAGCUAGAAAGGCAGAGGAAGCAAGGAUAGCAGAAGCAGCUAUAAAGGCAGAGGAAGCAAGGAGAGCAGAGGAAGCAAGGAGAGCAGAGGAAGCAAGGAGAGAAGAGGAAGCAAGGAGAGCAGAGGAAGCAAGGAUAGCAGAAGCAGCUAGAAAGGCAGAGGAAGCAAGGAGAGCAGAGGAAGCAAGGAUAGCAGAAGCAGCUAGAAAGGCAGAGGAAGCAAGGAGAGCAGAGGAAGCUAGAAAGGCAGAGGCAGCUAAAAAGGCAGAAGCAGCUAAAAAGGCAGAAGCAGCUAAAAAGGCUGAGGAAGCUAAAAAGGCUGAGGAAGCUAAAAAGGCUGAGGAAGCUAAAAAGGCAGAGGCAGCUAAAAAGGCAGAAGCAGCUAAAAAGGCAGAAGCAGCUAAAAAGGCAGAAGCAGCUAAAAAGGCAGAAGCAGCUAAAAAGGCAGAAGCAGCUAAAAAGGCAGAAGCAGCUAAAAAGGCAGAAGCAGCUAAAAAGGCAGAAGCAGCUAAAAAGGCAGAAGCAGCUAAAAAGGCAGAAGCAGCUAAAAAGGCAGAAGCAGCUAAAAAGGCAGAAGCAGCUAAAAAGGCAGAAGCAGCUAAAAAGGCAGAAGCAGCUAAAAAGGCAGAGGCAGCUAAAAAGGCAGAGGCAGCUAAAAAGGCAGAGGCAGCUAAAAAGGCAGAGGCAGCUAAAAAGGCAGAGGCAGCUAAAAAGGCAGAAGCCGCUAAAAAGGCAGAAGCAGCUAAAAAGGCAGAGGCAGCUAAAAAGGCAGAGGCAGCUAAAAAGGCAGAGGCAGCUAAAAAGGCAGAGGCAGCUAAAAAGGCAGAGGCAGCUAAAAAGGCAGAAGCAGCUAAAAAGGCUGAGGAAGCUAAAAAGGCUGAGGAAGCUAGAAAGGCUGAGGAAGCUAGAAAGGAAGAGGAAGUUAGAAAGGCUGAGGAAGCUAGAAAGAAUGAGGAAGCUAGAAAGAAUGAGGAAAUUAGAAAGGCCGAGGAAAUUAGAAAGGCAGAGGAAAUUAGAAAGAAUGAGGAAGCUAGAAAGAAUGAGGAAAUUAGAAAGACUGAGGAAGCUAGAAAGGCUGAGGAAGCUAGAAAGAAUGAGGAAAUUAGAAAGGCAGAGGAAAUUAGAAAGGCUGAGGAAAUUAGAAAGGCAGAGGAAAUUAGAAAGGCUGAGGAAGCUAGAAAGGCUGAGGAAGCUAGAAAGAAUGAGGAAGCUAGAAAGAAUGAGGAAAUUAGAAAGACUGAGGAAGCUAGAAAGGCUGAGGAAGCUAGAAAGAAUGAGGAAAUUAGAAAGGCAGAGGAAAUUAGAAAGGCAGAGGAAAUUAGAAAGGCUGAGGAAAUUAGAAAGGCAGAGGAAAUUAGAAAGACUGAGGAAGCUAGAAAGGCUGAGGAAGCUAGAAAGAAUGAGGAAGCUAGAAAGAAUGAGGAAGCUAGAAAGAAUGAGGAAAUUAGAAAGGCAGAGGACGUAAGGAAAGAGAAAAGCGAUAAUUUAAUACUAAAUAACAAUAAAAUGAAUCAGGAUUCUAUGACAAGAAGUGUCACUGAUUCAUCUGAUAUAGCAAAAGGUGAAAAAAAAUACUUCCAAAGGCAUAGUUUCAAUUAUGAUACUCCAGGUAAACAAAGAAAUCAUGAAAAUAAUUCGAAUUUUGGGGUCGGUAAUAUAAAAAAUUUAGAAAUCAAGUUAAGGAAGAAAAAAAUGAAGGAAGAGGUUGACAAUUAUGAUAAGGGGGAUGAAGUUCUAGAUAAAAAUUUACCAAGUAAUAGUGAAUCUGGGAAUAACAAAUUAGAUAUUGAUGAGUAUAAUUCUAGAGAUGUUAAUAAAACACGGGAGGAAAUAAUAAAAUUAUCUCAAAGCAAUACAUGUAUUAAUGAAAUUUCUUCAAAGUAUUGUGAUUAUAUGAAGGAUGGUAUAUCUUCUGGUACUUGUACUGAAGAAACGAGAAAAAUUUUGUGCUGCUCAAUUUCAGAUUAUUGUUUAAAGUUUUUUGAUCAUAAUUCAAAUAAGUAUUAUGACUGCACGAAAAGGGAAUUUGCUGAUCCAAAGUACAAAUGCUUUAAGAAGAGCAGUAAUUCAAACAUGGUUUAUUUUGCUGGAGCCGGCAUAGCACUGAUACUCCUGUUUGUCAUCGGUUCAAAGAUUAUUCUGGGAAAGUGGUUUGAAGAAGCUACCUUUGAUGAUUUUGAAGGAAAUUAUGAAAAAGUCUACACAUUAGCAAUGAUAACUAAGGAAGAAAUUCAAGAUUCGAUGCCGGUAGACGUUUCUGAAUAA